AUGGGCAGUCUACCAGACUUGACGGAGCGCUCGCGUCCGUCGCCGGUCGGACGGACCGCCUCGCGGACGGUGUCCGACCCUCAUCGCCACCGCGCCGUCAUACCUCAGAUUCCAGUGAGCACGAUUUGCAAGAAAGAAUGGCUGUGGAAGAAACCGAAAACACCAUCGAGAGUGGCACAACCGGCUGUCGUCCCUCGGAGGAGGGAUUCCGCGGCAUCUUCCCUCGGUGCAGCAUCUGUUCGGAAGCUCCUUACCAGACAGCCACCGAAAGUGCCCAAACCAAUCGUCAACCGCUUUACUCUCCUCUGUCUAUCAAGCGGUCUUUGUGCGACAGCCUUAUUACCUUUCACAGCAUUCGCCGGUGCAGAAGCCGCUGCCAUGCCUCUCGCUCUAAUGCACUCCAUAGCUGCCGUUAUUGCGCCUUUCUCUCCUUUAAUCCUUCAAAAAUUAGGAGCACGAAUUGUUAUAACUAUAGCCCAUAUAUUGGUCUUUAUUCUGAUUACUGCACAUACAGUAGCGACGCCAUUAUCCGUUUUGCUGCCUUUGUACGGACUCUGUGGUAUGACAUUAUCACCAAUGUCACUGGCCCUCACAGCAUCAGCUACAACGUUAGCUCAAGCGGCCGGCGAUGAGGUCAGAAGGAAGAUCGCGCUGCGAAGAGCUUUGAGGGCACUUCGGGCAGCUCAAGAUUUAGGACUGGUAUUUGGAUCUCUUCUCCUUGGUGGCGCGUUGAUGAUUUGGCCAGAAAACCUGAUGCAGUUAGCACAGCCGUCUGCGACUCCUACCAAUAUAACGUUGCAGAAGUGGCCCCCGUCCGAAGAAUACUUUCUGGAAGAUGAUUAUGAGGAGCGAACAUGCGGUGCAGCUGGAUGUCCAAACACCCAGUCUCUAUCGGGCACGGCAUUGACAGCUGAAGGGAGACGCAUAUUGGUAGCUGUGUGGGCAUCUGUAGCCCUAGCGUCUAUUGGCUUGGGCGUGUAUGGGGCAUCAUCCACGCCUGGCCCACCGCCCGAUGCGAGAUCCAUUGUAAAGGAUCCAAGAACGUUGCUUGGGAUACCAAUGGGUCUCUUCAUUGGGUUGCAACAGGGAUUUAUUUAUACCUCAUAUAUUAAGUGGUACGGUGUCUGUGUGGGUGGGUGGAGCUGUGCUUGGAGAGCCUUGUUCGGUGCAGGCUGUUUACAGGCACUGGCGGCGGCAACGCUGAGCAUGGCAGCUGCACGGGGGCGGCGCGGCGCUCUAGCAGCGGGCGGAGCGGCGGCGCACGCGUCGCUGAUGUUGGCGCUGCUGCGGUGGAGGGCCGCGCGCACAGACCUCGCAUUGCCAGCUGUCGCCGCCGCCGCUUGGGGUGCCUGCGCUGCGCUCUGGGACGUACUGCAGGUGGGCGCGUGCGUGGGCGGCGCGGGGUGGCGCGGACCGUGGGCGGCGACGCUGGGCGCGCGCCACGUAGGCCUGGCGGCGGCGUGCGCAGCGCGACAGUUCGUUUGCGUGCGCGCGCAGCUGGCAACACUCGCCGCCGCGCUUGCCGCUGCGCUGCUUGCGCAUGCCGCCCUUGAGCUGCGCCUGCGCCGUGGUGAAGCAGGUCGGCACAGGUCCUAGCGAAGGGCCACGGCGACGCAACUCGCCUCAUUAGCGCCCGCGUCUGAUGACGCAGCCGAGGACGGCGUCGUCGCCUGUCACGUCAUUAGCUAAUAAUUAUAUGAUGUGAUGACACGUCUCCAUAGAACAGUGAUGACUAUAAUCAAACGACAUGACGCAACUGACGUUUUAAAGCUUCA